AGCCACCACCACCACCACCCAGCGGACGGCGUCGUGCGAGCCUCUCUCAUUCAGGGCUGAGCGGUGGUGCUUGUCGGGGGAGCGGGCGAUGACUGCCCAAGGUUAAGCGGAGGUGGAGGGUGCCCGAGGGCAGCCGGGGGCAGCCGCGCCUUGCGCACAACGCAGGGACUCGCCUGUACCGGGUAGGCAGGACAAACUCUUGUUGUUUCAAACGGGGAGCGGCUGUUACAGAUUCAAAUUCCAUACCCACCACCAGCCCGGCCCGCCUCUCACCACCACCACCACCGCCGCUGCCGCCGCCUUCCUUUCGUCUUCUCGAGUUCGUUUAGUGCCACACUCGGCCAGUCGUCAAACUCUCUCCGUUGUUGGAAGUGGGUUCCAACAAUCCGAGGAGGAGAAGGAGGUGGUGGUGGUGUGGGGGGGGGGGGGGGCCCCGCUUCUCUGCGGAGUUUCCCGUGAACGAGGUGAAGAGUCGCCCCCCGCGUGCUGGUCGAUUGCCCAAGGACCGAUGAUCGGGGACCCAAGGAGCCAGCCCUGGGCGAGGUGAUGGUUCCACCGCUCCCGUCGACAUAGCGACGCCGCAGCUGGGAAGCGGGGGUGCGGGGAGGCAGCGCUCGCGCGUCCCGGCCGCACGAUGGGGGACGUCGCCGGCGAGAAGAACAGCGGAGCGUGCCUGCUCUUCGACCGCUUCGUGCAGGCGGGCACCUGCAAGGGCACGCUGCGUGCCUACCAGGACCUGUGCGAGCUCGUGGACCUCAAGCCCAGUGACUUCAGGACCUUCUACCCCAAGCUCAAGUCAAAGCUCAAUUACUGGAAGGCCAAGGGCCUGUGGAGCAAGAUCGACAAGCGGGCCGCGCACAAGGACUACAAGAAGGGCAAGCAGUGCAGCAAUGUGAAGUGUCUGAUAAUCGGCGCUGGGCCUUGUGGCCUGCGCUCGGCCAUCGAGCUGGCCUUGCUGGGGGCCAAGGUGGUGGUCGUUGAGAAGCGAGAUGCCUUCUCCCGCAACAACGUGCUGCAUCUGUGGCCCUACACCAUCCACGACCUCAAGGCUCUCGGCGCCAAGAAGUUCCACGGCAAAUUUUGCGCCGGUGCCAUCGAUCACAUCAGCAUUCGCCAGCUGCAGCUCAUCCUGCUGAAAGUUUCCCUCCUCCUGGGUGUGGAAAUUCACGUCAAUGUGGAGUUCAAGGGCAUUAUGGAGCCACCUGAGGACCAGGAGAAUGAUCGGAUCGGAUGGAGGGCAGAGGUCGUUCCCAACACACAUCCCGUCGCUGAGUACGAGUUUGACGUCAUCAUUGGGGCUGACGGACAUCGCAAUACGUUGCAAGGCUUCCGGAGGAAGGAGUUCCGGGGGAAGCUGGCAAUCGCCAUCACGGCAAACUUCAUCAACCGCAACACGACAGCCGAGGCGAAGGUAGAGGAGCUCAGCGGCGUCGCCUUCAUCUUCAAACCGAAGUUCUUCACUGACCUCAGGGCCUCCAAGGGUAUUGACUUGGAGAACAUUGUGUACUAUAAGGAUGACACGCACUACUUUGUCAUGACGGCCAAGAAGCAGAGCCUCCUGGAGAAGGGAGUCAUCUUACAGGACUACCCCGACACGGAGAUGCUGCUGUCCCGGGAGAACGUCGACCAGGAGGCGCUGCAGGAGUACGCGCGCGGCGCCGCCGACUUCUCCACCAACCACCAGCUGCCCUCGCUCGACUUUGCCAUCAACCACUACGGGCAGCCCGAUGUCGCCAUGUUCGACUUCACGUGCAUGUACGCGUCGGAGAACGCGGCCCUCGUGCGCGAGCGUCACGGCCACCGGCUGCUCGUCGCCCUCGUCGGUGACAGCCUGCUGGAGCCUUUCUGGCCGAUGGGCACCGGCUGUGCCCGAGGGUUUCUUGCUGCAUUCGAUUCCGCCUGGAUGAUCCGAAGUUGGGCCCAGGGCACCCCACCACUGGAGGUUUUAGCUGAAAGAGAAAGCAUUUAUCGCCUCUUGCCUCAAACAACGCCUGAGAACAUAAACAAGAACUUCAGCCAGUACAGCAUCGAUCCCACCACGCGCUACCCCAACGUCAACCUGAACUUCCUGCGAGCCAGCCAGGUGCGGCACCUGUACGACACGGGCGAGGCGCGGGAGACCGCUAUGGACGUGGAAAGUGCGCUGGGGGCCGAUUCUCGGCUCACGAGGCAUGACUCGAUCAUGCGCUCCAGCAAGCUGCUCAGCUGGUGCCAGCGGCAGACCGAGGGCUACCGCGGGGUGCGCGUCGUCGACUUCACCGGCUCGUGGAAGAGCGGCCUGGCCCUCUGCGCCAUCAUCCACCGCUACCGGCCCGACCUCAUUGACUUUGACUCCCUGGAUGAGCGCAACGUCGCUGGGAACAACCAGCUGGCUUUCGACGUGGCGGAGCGUGAGUUCGGCAUCUCCCCCAUCAUCACGGGGCAGGAGGUGGCGGGUGUGGCCGACCCUGACAAGCUCAGCAUGGUCAUGUACCUCUCACAGUUCUACGAGAUGUUCCGUGACACGCUACCGCCCGCUGAGUACAACAAGCUCAUGGGUGAGGAUGACAGGUCGGCGGCGCUGCUCUCCACCAAGUCUCCCAUCUCCUUCCUGAGCAAGCUGGGCCAGACAAUCUCCCGCAAGCGCACACCACGGGACAAGAAGGAGAAGGAGGUUGAUGGGCUCGGCAAACGACGCAGAACGGGACAAAAGGCGUCCGAUGAGGAGGAGAUGCAGGCCAGGCGGGAGGACCGGUGGGGGAUUGGCAACGGAGAGAGACGUGCCGACGCGGUGUCCGGAAAUCAGAACAAAGUCAAGUCCAUGGCCAACCAGCUCCUGGCCAAGUUUGAGGAGAAUGCUCCACUGCAGUCAAACCUCAAGCGACAGAGCAUAAUGCUGCCCUACAUGGAGCGCGUAGCUCAGCCUCCUUCCACUCGGCCCAAGGAGCUAUCUCGGGCAAACUCUCUGCCUGUGUGCCAUCAGGGCUCCCUGCGGAAAGAGUUUCCCCAGAAUCUGGGUGGUAGCGACACGUGCUACUUCUGCGGGCGGCGAGUCUACGUGAUGGAGCGUCUGAGCGCCGAGGGCAAGUUCUUCCACCGCGGCUGCUUCAAGUGCAACUACUGCGAUGUCACAUUACGCCUGGGAGCAUUCGCAUUCGACGUGGAAGACGGAAAAUUUUACUGCAAGCCUCACUACUGCUACCGCCUGUCAGGGUUCAUGCAGAGGAAAAUGCAGCGCAAUGAGAUGGCCCUUGACGCGGAGGUUGGAAACGAGGAGGAGAAGCCUCCGACGCGGUCACCCUCCUCCUUGCAGCCAGCGCCGUCCUCGCCGCUCCGUGAGCCGGUCCCCGGCUCCCCAAACCGAGACGCCCUUCUCCUCUCCGGCUCCGCCGCAGCACUCGCCAGCCUUCCCGGCGCGGGCACCGCAGGCGCAUCGCCGCUCCAGCCAGCGGGCGAAGCAGCAGCAGCAGCAGCGGCAGCAGCGGCGGCAACGGCAGCAUUGGAGGAGGACGGCGCCGCUGGCGGUAGUAGCAGCAGCGGCGGUGGCGGCGUGUCCAAGCGCACGUGGGUGACGCCCGAGCGCAUCGAGCUGGAGAGCGGGCGACUGUCGGCACGGCUCGUGGAGCUGGUGGAGGUGCCCGAGGAGACGCUGGCACAGCACAACCUGAGCGGGACGCUGGAGCGCUACGCCGACAUGGGUUUGGGCCUCGGGGACGAGGAGAGCAGCUCCGAUUCAGACCUGUCGGAGGUAGAGCCGGACUGCGAAGAUGUCGAUGACGUGCCGCUGGGAGCGUCCGCCGGCCCAGCCCGCGGCUCGGCGUGGAGUAGCCCCCCACGGCUGGACCGCACCCCCUCUCCUGAGCCCCUCGAGUGGAAGGCGAAUCCCUUGGUUGACGUCCACGUGGCGCCAUCAGAUGAGGCGGCCGGCCCGUGGGGUGGCGGGUUCCCGACGGCGGCCGCCUCUGCCACCGCCGCCGGUUUCAGCGACGAUCGAUGGAGGGAGAUGACGAAACAAGGCCCCACCUCCCCGACCGCCGGCACAUGGGCCGAUGAGGCACGGGAGAGAGCGGUGCCACCGGCUGCCUCGGUGGAGAACGAUGUCGCGAAGCCUCCCUCAGAGGCGAAUGGCACAGCAGUGGCUGGGGGUUCCGCGGAACCAAAGCCCAAUGGUGGAGCCUUGGAGCCCGCAAACUCGAGAGAGAGGUGUCUGCGGUUGAGUGUGGAGACAGAGGAUCAGGAGGAGGAGGAAGAAGAGGUGGAGGAGGAUUUUAGCGACGAUGAUUCUGGGUCGGACCUGGGCGGCAUGCCGUGGAAGGAGGCCGUGAAGCGGCACGAGAUCCUGCGGGGACGCACAGCGGAGGAGGCGGAGCGCGAGGCCCAGCGGCUCGCCGAGGAGGAGGCACGAAAUCUGGCCGAGGCCGGGGAGGCGAUUGCGCUGGGGCUGGUGGACGGUUACGAGGACGGAGAUGAGGAGUACGACGACGAUGACGACGACGAGGAGGAAGAGGAAGGAGAUGAGGACGAAUCGAGCGACGAGGGAGAGUAUUACCCCUGGGAGAGGGAGUUGCAAUCCGGCCGGUGGUGGUGUCUGCAGGGCCCUGAGCGUGACCUAACCAGUGCAGUUUCCCGACUGAAGCUAAGGGAUAAGGCGAAGGCGACAGCAGUGCUAGACGUUCAGGCACCUUUGUCCGCAAUGCCGCCCAUCGCGGGGUCCUUGCAGACAUCGCCCACUGCCGCCACCGUGGCAGAAGAGAUGACGUCUUCACGGAACCACGCGGUCAUGGCAUGGUUGCGGGCGACCAACGGAGCGGAAACGGCAACGGCGGCAACGGCGGCGGCGGCAACGGCGGCGGCAACGGCGGCGGCGGCAAUGGCGGGUGCUGCUGGUGCGUCCACCAGUAAAGCGGCCGAGGAACCACGGUCCGCUUCGCCGUCGCCUGGAAGUGACCUUCGCUCCGGGGGUCAGGCCGCACCCUGGACAAAACACGCGGGCGCCAGCGCACCUGUGAACGACUCGAUGUCGCCGCCGCCGCCGCCCUUGCCGCAAUCUCAGUCAGCAGAGCCCCAAAGUGAGGAUGCCGAGAGUCCUCACACCCCGGUGCCCGGUCCUCACGAGGAAAAGGCGACGUUCGGGGGCAAUGCCCACGGACGCCGAUUCCAGGGAGAUGAUAUCUUGGCUCGAGGAACAGCUACGCCAGCCUUGCCACAUCUGAAUGGAUUACCUUCCGUGUGGGCUGAGCUCCCACUGAAUAUUCCAUCCUCUAAAACAGACCAAGCACAGAGCCUCGGCAGAAAGUUACAGUGCCCAGACUUGGCGAAGGGUCCUCCGCUCACCUUGCCACUGCUGCCCGUGAGCACCCAGCCCAAAGCAGACAGCGGCUCAAACUGUCUGCCCUCCAAGCCUCUCUUCGCUCCAUCCCCACCCCCUGUCUCUUCGCCAAAUGCGACGUCCGCCGCAGCCUCCAAAGGUCACGAAGCGUCACCCAGAGCUUUCUUCAGCCACUCUCCACUCGGGCCUCCCCCAUCAAAGUACGAGUUUCUGCCCUGGGGUCUGGAGAAUCCUUCUUCGGUAAUCCCACCUCUUCCACCUCAGCCUCCCACGUCUUCCUUCCAGGCACCUUGGUUGUUGGAUGCCAACAAGUCUCCCUUGGCACCGGCAAAGGAGCCGGCGUCGACUGGGGUGGCGGCGCAGCCUCAUUCGCCUUUGGGUUUGGCGACUGUGCAGUCGCCGGCAACUUCUCACGCAGCUCAGACAACGCCAUCGCUCUCCAAGCCUUUAUUCUAUCAGUUGCCACUGCCGUCGUCGCUGUCUCCGAUCCCUUCCACGCAGUCUCCCACUGUCGUCCUUGGGCUGUCGCAGGUGUCCUUGAUAUCUCCCAAGUCUUUUGCAGACCAAGCCUCCCCACGGUCUCUGCAGUCGCCCAAUGGGAAUCUGGAGCUGCCUCGGAUGACCGCGGCUUCACCAGCCGCUACCAAACCCCAGCUCAGCACCGUAUCACCGUCGGCUUAUUUUACGCCAUCCUCCAGGCCAAUUCCAUCCCCGAGGACUCAGCUGUCUCCUGGUUUGGUGUCAGGUUUACCCCAGGUUCCCAUCGUCACCCCAAGGUCAUUCAUGCAGAGAGCUGGUGUGUCGUGGGAGCAGCCCAGCAACACUCAGAAAACCGUGACAGCCACCGAAAGAAAUGAAGAGCCAGAGUCUGAGAUGAAGCACGCGAAGGACAUUUUGGCCGGUGAUGCAGGCGGCGUUUUCUGUUCGACGGCAGCCGAGGAAAAGGACACCAUCGACCGGCACCGGUUGGAAGCUGAGCUGAGCUGGGCACGGUUCGGCAUUGGUGGGCAGGAGAGGCGACAGUCUCCCACCGCGUCCGACUCGAGUGGUACAAUCUCCACACCCGAGUCAGCGCGUGCCCGCUCGCCCGUGCCAAGAGCAGAGCCAGGCGCUGGGAGUAGCACCGUGGAGCCCCGACCGGAAAACCAGAUGUCGACCCCCGCACGCCCAGUGGCCAAGUCGGCCGCGGCGAGCAAAGCCGACUGGCUGAACACACCGAGUAGUUUACCUGCGAGCGAUUCACUUUCUUCCGCCUUGUCACGGAACCAUGUCGCCAAAACCGUGGGCAACGGGGAGGAGCUCAACCACGUCGAUAUCCUGCACCCUGAGGAUGUGAGCGUGUGUUUGGUGGAAGAUGUCCACCCCGGGGCGGAGGGGGAAGACGACCCGAACACAUCCACGUCCCUCUUGCUGACUCCGCCCUCAAGUCCUCCGCCGCCCCCGCCCCCCAAUGAGGAGCCGGCGUCGCUCUUCGUGUACCGGCCUCACACGACGCCACCGCGGGCACGCCCGCUCUCCCUGGAUGCACACCUCACCCCCAAGAGGUCCGCACCUUCGCGUCUCCAGGACGCCCUACGGCAGAAGUCCCUGGAGGAGAGUAUCGACGAGAUCCCCUUCGCGGACGAGGAGGAGGAUGGCGACGACGACGAGGGCGGUUCCUGCACAGACUUCCGGUCGCCGGGCUCAAGCGUGUUUUUGGACGAGUCGUUCCACACGCCGCCCACAAGCCGCCCGGCAGGCAGGACGAGGCCCGCGUUUGACCGUGACAGCAGCUCGCGCAAGACCACGCCCUGCUCCAAGAUCUCUCCUGAGGCCAAGGAGGUGGCAGAGAGCAGGCUGCGGGAGCGCGAGCGGGUGGUGAAGAGCAGCGUGCUGCGUGACGUGAUGGUGCAGCAACGUGAGAAGCUCAAGGACCAGCUCGCAGUAGAGGCCUCGUUCUUCAGCAGCCCCGCAUACGCCCCCCACAGCAAGAAGCCCUCGACAUCAGCGGCGGAGGCGGCGAAACCGCCAUCCCUUUUGCCGAGCGACCGCCACUUGGACAGCGAGCCGGCGCGACGAAAGCACGAUUCGGCGAAGGCCUCCAAGUCCGUGAAGCUUAGUGAUGGCGACGCUCUGAAGGGAGAGUCUCAGGUGGACGAUCUGUCCCUGAGGCCCAAGAAGAAAAUCCCAGCGAAGGACCUGAGCAGCGAGACGUCGCACACGUCUAGCGAGGACGUGGCGGGCAAGAGCAAGAAGCGCGCCUCGCUUUUCUCGCCGAGGAAAAACAAGAAGGACAAGGCGGCCAAGAUGGAGAGCCAGCGCGCGGCGGACGCGGCCGCCCUUGCGAACGAGAGCAACGCGAGCGUCGUGAAAUCUCGCUCGCCGCUCUGGAAGGUGUUCUCGCACGGAUACAGGAAGGAGCGCAGGAAGGAGAAGGAGCUGGAGGAGAGGACGAGGUCAAGCACCGCGUCCAGCGUGGGCACGGUGGACUCAGCCACGGAGCAGCCAAUCAUCACAGCCACUCCCAAGCCAAUGGCGCUGCACCCCGUGCUGGCCAUGCGGAGGCAAGCCAGCCAGACAGAGGACGACUCGGAGCUGUCGAGCGAAGAGGUGCUCAACGACCCAUCCUGCCAGCGUGGGCGACGGCGCGAGACCCGCGAUAUUUUUGACCGCGUUCAGCCCCUGCUAAGAGAAGGGCAGUUACAGAAGCCGUACACGGAGGAGGAGCUGAAUGAGAAGCUGACGCGCAGGGUGCAGCGUGCCGCGCGCAAGCAGGCCAAGCAGGAGGAACUCAAACGGCUGCACCGUGCACAGAUCAUCCAGCGGCAGCUGGAGGAGGUGGAGGAGAAACAGCGAGCCCUGGAGGAGCGCGGCGUGGCCGUGGAGAAGGCCCUGCGUGGGGAGGCAGACUACUGGGGAGACACUAGUAACACUGUAGAUAUCUACGGAUUACAGCUGGUUGUCGAGUCAAUAGCUGGACCCCCACAACGGCGCGCUCUUUCCUUCUGUCCUUGCUGUUCUCCGAAACGAGGAGGACUCGGGAAGAAAGACGACCCGCGCCUCAUGCAGGAGUGGUUCAAGCUGGUGCAGGAGAAGAACGCCAUGGUUCGCUACGAGUCCGAGCUCAUGAUCUUUGCCCGAGAGCUGGAGCUUGAGGAUCGACAAAGUCGCUUGCAGCAGGACCUGCGUGAACGGAUGGCUGUCGAUGACGCGCAGAAGAGCGAGGCGGAGCUGUCGGAGGAGAAGCGGAUCCUGAGCGAGAUGCUGGACGUGGUGGAGCAGCGCGACUCGCUCGUGGCGCUGCUGGAGGAGCAACGACUACGCGAGCGCGAGGAGGACCGUGACAUCGAGGCCAUCAUGCUGUCGCGCGGCUACACCUUCAACUGGACGUGAGCGCCGCUGGCCCGCACGGCCCCCUCCGCUCCCGGCCGCUGCAUCGAGGGCGGUUCUUUGCCGGCUGAAUGUCGAGUGCGGGCCUCGCGGCCGUGCUUGAGGAAAGAAGGAGGGGGAGUAUAGCUCGUAGCCUGCUGGCCCAAUGGCCUAACAGUGCCAGCCCUCCUGCACUACAGUACGUCUUCCCUUCUCCUUCCUCUCUUGUUUAUUUUACAAAUUCUUAAAUUUCGUCCUGUGUCUUGAUUUUUGUGGUCAUCUUUUUUUUUUAUCGUGCAGGGUAGCUUCACUGAGCUGCGAGCAGAUCGUUUUGUAAGUAGGCCCAUGCUUCCUUUCAACUGGGCACUCGUGCUAAAGAAGCUUUUCCACGGUAAUACCGGCACGUGACGAUGGGCCUGCUCCUCCGAACAAUGUUGCAGGGGUCAGCAAAAUGAAAACAGGCAUGGGGGCAUGCCCCCGCAUUUGGCACACUGACGUCUUUUUCGCCGAGGUGAGCCUCCUGCCUCUUGCCGUCCACCAGUGACGCCUGCUGCCAUAUUAAAUGCGGCACCCCCAAAUUCAUGAAUUGCUGCAGACGUCGAUCAACGACCGCGUGAUCCUGCGAAGUGAACAUCUCAUCGCUGCAAUGUACGCUUUAUGCUCGGAAUUCGUCGGAGCUGAACGUUGGAGAAAAAAAAGGCGCCCUCCCCUGGCUUUUGGCUGUCUUAACGCAUCAUUCCCACUUGGUUGUCUGAAAAAGCCAUAACACCGCAUCCGCGACUGCUUUGCGGUCAUCAGUGCCGGUUGCAGCUUUGAUAGCCCCAGGUGUGCACAGGGUGGACUAUGUGUUGUGGAGUGCGCUCUCGCACUUUUUAAUAGAGUGGGAAUUUGUACAUUCUUUGGGAGAUUUUUUUGUUUGUUCCUGUCAACUACAGGCUGAUAUUAGGUUUGCAAGGCAGGUCACUUUCAUCAUUAUCAUCUAAACUUCAAAAGGGUGUAAGUAAUGUUUUUGUUACGUGUUUAAUGUUUAGAUUUUAUAAACUGAGUUAUGCAUAUUUCGCCCACUGCCAUUUUCUUGUUGAUUUUUCUCUCACUAAAUUUGUAUGAACUUUUCAAAAAGUGUUAUUUUAAAAGUCACUGAAACCCAACACCUCUGUUUAAGAAUCAGAAGGAAACCAUGACAUCUCAAGACCCCAAGCCAUCAUAUGUGCACAAAUUCUGACACCAGCUUCUGAUGACUCAUAUUUGUUAAUAAUUUACACUGGCAUCAUUGACUUUUAUUUAACGCAGUUAUGCUCAUCAUAUAUUUCUCCAGGACAGAACUCUUGUCGGGUCUGUGACCCAUCGAUCCCACCAUUGUUUCAAACCACAUGGUUCUGAGUCUGACUUCCCUUGACAGCACUUAAGCAUUUGGUGGAUUUACUUGCCUAGCUUGGAGGAAUGUCCGUACGCAGUUCAUAGGUCACAUCUCACUCCUCCACCCCACAUGCGCGCCGAACAAAUGUAUCCUUCGUGGAAACACCUGAACACUUUCCCCAUGCACUCUGUGCACGAUCAACACGUGUGAGUGGUAACUGGAAGAGCUCAAAAGGAAACAUUCUGCACUGGGAGGAUAUGCCGUAAAGAUAAUGUUCGUCAGAUUCUCAAAUGUGUAAGGAUCGACAACGCACACGGCCAAGUUUACCUAGAGGCGGCGUUGUCCAUGCAAGAAAGCGUGUGUAUACAUAUAUACACUAUAUAAUGACACCGUUGUAUAUAUAUUUACACAAACUAUAUGUUCACUUUAUGUUGUUAAUAAAUAUAAACUGUGUGCGCGAGUGCGAGGUGGAGUGUACAUACAAAACACAGUUGGCAAGUUGUCCCACAUGUAUGCAUGUGUAGGCUUCAUGUGUGUGUGUGUGUUUUAACAGGGCUUUUAAUGAGCCGUGUGCGUUAAUAAGGAUCAAGGACUGAACUAAAAAGUCAAAUCGUGCAUUCCCUGCUCCUGCGCAUUAACUUAUCAAAGUGCUGCAAUGCUGUACGCAAUACUUUAUAUAGUACGUCGAUUUUAGAUGUGGGGAAGGUCAAUUUUACACCCUUAUCUUUUUUUCUUAAAAUGAUGUAACUUAUCAUUUUGAUACACUGUUACCCACCGGUUUACAUAAAUGAAAAGAGGGAAAAAAAACUUCGCUUUUCAAAAAAUUUCACAAAGUACCAUCACUGAUUCAUGUGCAUUUACCAUAACAUACAAUACAGCACAUACAAAAUACCCUGAGAGAGUGGAUGGUUAAUUGCACAGAGGUUGAAUGUGCAGUUGCAAUCUUAGACUUUUUCUGUCACACAAACUGACAUUGAUGUGUUGCUACAGGUCAUGUGUGUGUAAUGACAUUUGGUCAAGUGAUGCAGCAGUCUCUCCGUGUUAAAGUUAACUUUGGUAAUUCAGCACCAACCAUUUGAGUAUCGCAAUUGCUACAAUCUCAUUCACCCACCUUGGUUAACACUAAUACUCUCCUGAUGUUUUAAAUUCAACAGUUCGCAUUCACAAAGCUUUACCUGCUAUUAUCUGCCAAUGGCAAUGUUAAUACAUUGCCUAGUUGACGUACGCAGUUAAAGUUGCAUUUGAUAUUGUUAAUCAUACUCUCUUGUUAUUGUUGCACUGUUGUAGGAUAAGCCACGCGUGCGUGCCGCUGUUGUAUACGAGGUCGUGUGUUUUGACUCGUGUGAAUGUAAAUGAAGCUCACUCUGGCCCGACACCGCACUCCGUGGCGGUGAGGUGAAGCCCGGUGCUGGGGUCUUGGUGGUCCUCGGUGCGACACUGGGGGCCCUGCCGACACAGUGGCAGUCGUGGGUUAUUUAUUUGUUGCACAUUGCGCGGCGUCAGGAAUCUUGAGUGAGGUCCGUUUUGCCAUUGAACCCUCUGGGGUUUCCCAUUUGUUCGUUCAUAAGUGUUCUUCUUACUGCAAGCUCACACACCUGUUUAAAAUUUGGCUUUUUUUUGUUAAAGUCACUCCAAUAAAACUGGUAGUUAAUGAA